AUGAAGACUCAUCCACCUAAGUAUUACUUAAAUACUCUUUCUAAUAACGAAUUGGAAACAUUCACAGGGAAGGAUAUCGAUAAUGCUUUCCAGGAAAUAUAUGAACAGGAGAUGAAAAGGAAACGUGCACAAAUAAUGAGACAACUAGAUUUCCAAACAAAGCAAACUUCCCAGAAAAUAGCUACAUUUGUGCCAAGAACACCUCUUUGCCAAACUUUCAAAAAGCCAGCUUCACCAACUGGAUCAUCACCUGUUCAAAAGCAUCAAUCCCCAGUAAGGCAUUUUGAACCUUUUAUAUGUGCAUUGAACACAUCAGGAACAGACGGUCCCGGUUUCAGAAAAUACACUCGAUCAUUACUACAAACACCCAGAUUAAAGAAUAUCAAGUUGAUUAACAUGAGCUACAGUCAACCUUCAACUCCAAAAAUCGGCAUCAACCUAUCAAAGCAAAUGCCAAAUCAGACACCAAGCUUCGUGAAUAGAAAUGUAAAUUGGCCAUCUAUGCAGAACAUGGAUAUACCUCUCACACCCCUGUUAAAUGAUCCAUUAAAUGUAUUUGAGUCAAAAACUGAAAGUCAAGAUAUCUUUCCUCUUGAUAUUCUUCAGAUAAUUGAUGAUGAUACCAAACCUGUAGAGUCAAUGGAUAAAGAGCUACACAGAUAUACAGAUGUGACGCUGAGCGACCUUAAUGUGGCUGAUUAUCUUUUGGAUAUCGCAGAAGACUAUUCAAGCAACAUAAACUCAAUAGCACAAGUUCCACAAGAACAGAAAAACAGUCCAGAUAAGCUGAUUACAAAAAGAAAGUGCAGACAUGCAAAACCUGUAUGUUACGAAGAAUCUCUAGUCUACAAGAAACAAAAAAAAGAGAGAGAUCGACAAAGGAGACAAAAAAGAAAGGAGUCUUUCAAUAAGCAAUCUAUUGGUCUCAGGCGGAGCCAGAGAAAGACUAAACAAAAUGUUAAAUAUUUCUAG